CGUCACUUUUUGUUUGAUGAUCCCGAUGAUCCUUUUUAAGUUUUUUUAUUCCGUUGCAGCCACUUCUAUUUUGUUUUCCUUUGAGCUUUUAACAACUGAUUUUCGGAAGACAAAUUUUUUCGUUUGUUUCAAAACUUCUGAUAUAAGUUAUAAGUUCUGAUAUUGCGUUGCGAUGUUCGAGGCAGCAGCACGGCUACAGGCGCACAACCAGGAGAUGGUGAAGUGUAUCAGCCAGUUGCGGACGCAGCGCCAGAAACUGGCAGAGAAGGUCGCUGUCCAGGAGCAUGAAAAAGCUGUGGUCGAGCAGGAAAUCCGUAAACUCCGCCAGCAGUUGGCCACUCUGGAGGAAUCUCUGGCACAGAAUCGCCGAAAGCUUGAAGAGCAGGACACAAAACUAACGGAAUCGGAAGCCGGCUAUAAUAAACUGGUCGAUACGAUGCAUGUCCUGCUGAUGUCGGUCAAAAAGAACGAAAAGGAAUUCCGGAUGCCCAGGUGGACGGAGAAAAAGGAAACUAGCCGCUAGGUUUUAAAUAGUAGGUAUAAUAUUUGUAUUUUGUAAUUCCAUUAGUAUUUAUCAAGAAUCCCAGAUGAAUGAACUUAGCAUCAGAAUCUCUAGACAAUAAACAUAGGCACAAAUAACUAAUAAGACGAUCAUCUUGAUUCAAAUAUAACUAGCAUAUAUUUUUGGUACGAAAUUACGAAA